UGGCUCCGACACCCAAUUUAGCAAAGGCUUUGGCCUCUCUCUCUCUCUCUCUCUCUCUCUCUCUCUCUCUCUCUGUGUCUGGAUACUCUAUAGUCUCACAUAUUUUUGUCAGGUUGCCUUGUGUUUUCUGCAGGGUUUGGAAAACUUGAGACUUUCUUGAAUGGACCCACCACUCACAGAGUCACAACUCUUAUUGGGUACAGUACCACAGCUGUGUCCUCAGACCGGAUUCUCUCGCACUAAUUCAGGAGGAAGUGGGUUUGUAUUCUGUAGCUACAUCGGAGAUGCUCCUCCUUUAGUUCUUCUCUUCAAGCCCUCUUAGCUCCUACUCUCUCUGCCUCGGCAAUGGUGGUGCACGGAGGAGCUGUCGUGCUCUUGGGUUUUCUAGUUUUCCUCAAAUUGCAGCAAAUAGUGAUGGGUGGAGAUUGCCCCCUGGACUUAAGUACAUCAAAUUUUACUUUGGCAGCUUCUGUGUGCUCUAAGAGUGAUGACAGAGGGAAGUGCUGCCGUUAUGUCAAUGCCUUUGUUGCAGUUGCUAUUGCUCGUUAUGCCAAUUUGACAAGCAACCUGGGGGUCCCUUCAGAGUUAUCUGAGGUCUGCCUUCAUUCCAUAUCUGGAACUCUAGAAAUGCAUGGUAUCCCUCCAAAUGCGACAGUUUUUUGUGCACUUGGUACUAAAAUUCCAGUUAAUUAUGAGUGUGAGGGCCGGACAACUGUCUUGCAAAUGCUGCAGUCUCCAAAGUUCGGUAAUGUCACAGAGAAUUGUAAGUUGCCACUUUCCGCGGAGAGUAGUUGUAGACGGUGCAUAAAUGCUGGAAUUUUAUACCUUCACCACCUGGUAGGAGCAGACAAUAAUAUGACAUUUGGUACCUGCCGGGAUGCAACGUUUGCUGCACUUGCAAGUCAAGGUGACAAUGAGUCUGCCAUUGAAAUGGCAAGCUGUUUCUUUGGACUUCAAGGGCUUGGUAUUCCUUCAGAGCCAUCCCCACCUUUACUCACACCAGAGGCUUCUCCAAGUACUGUACCUGCUGCUAGCCCCAGUCAGUCGUUAGUUAGAAGACGUUCAAAGGAACAUCAUCACACCAACCACCUCAUGGUAAUCCCAGGUGUAGGCAGUGCAGUGACUGUAGUGGCUGUUCUUCUGCUGAUAAUAUUGAUACUUCUCAUUCGUAGAAAAAGCAAAGAGUUAGAGGAUUCAGAAAGUCCUGACAAGACCUCAUGUAAAGCUUUACCACAUCGGCUGAGCCGAAAAUUCCAGGAAGGUCCAUCAUCUAUGUUCCAGAAGAUCACCUAUAAGGAAAUAAAGAAGGCUACAGACAGUUUCAGUAGAGUCAUAGGAAGAGGGGGCUUUGGUACUGUCUAUAAGGCUCAGUUCUCUGAUGGAUUUGUGGCAGCAGUGAAGCGGAUGAACAAAGUUUCGAAGCAAGGAGAGGAUGACUUCUGCCGAGAGAUGGAACUUCUUGGGAGGCUGCAUCAUCGUCAUCUUGUGGCUCUAAGGGGCUUUUGUGUAGAAAAACAUGAGAGAUUUCUGAUGUACGAGUACAUGGAAAAUGGAAGCUUAAAGGAUCAUCUUCAUUCUCCUGGGAGAACUCCACUGAGUUGGCAAACAAGAAUCCAGAUUGCCAUUGAUGUGGCUAAUGCUCUGGAAUACCUACAUUUUUAUUGUGAUCCUCCUCUCUGUCACAGAGAUAUAAAGUCCAGCAAUAUUUUACUGGAUGAGAACUUUGUUGCAAAGGUUGCAGACUUUGGCCUUGCGCAUGCUUCAAAGAGUGGUACAAUUACCUUUGAACCAGUGAACACUGAUAUACGGGGAACUCCAGGUUAUAUGGAUCCAGAAUAUGUGGUGACUCAGGAACUGACCGAGAAGAGUGAUGUUUACAGUUAUGGUGUGCUGUUGCUGGAGCUUGUGACAGCAAGGCGAGCGAUCCAAGAUGGUAGGAAUCUAGUGGAAUGGUCUCAGGUUUUCAUGGCAACUGAAUCUAGGCUACCUGAACUUGUAGAUCCUGCCAUAAGGGACUCCUUUGACUCAGAGCAGCUUCAAACAAUUGCGACAAUUGUGAGAUGGUGCACUCAAAGAGAAGGAAGGGCAAGGCCUUCGAUCAAACAGGUUUUGAGGCUGCUCUAUGAGAGUUCAGAUCCGAUGCAUAGUGGUUUCAUAAAGGCUAUGAAAGAUGAAGAUUAUGAUGGCAUUCAAGGUAUGGCAAGGGAUAGCAAGGGGAAGGUCCAAAGGGGUGAGUUGAUCUUUCACAGUGGGGAUGCAAGAUAUCUUCCUUCAUCUUCAAGUACAUCUAGGUCCUACUGCAGCAGGAGCUUUUUACUGGAAACUGGCUCACCACAAUCUCCUCCUGGAAUUUUCUCUGUUUGAACAUUGAGAGAGAGAGAGAGAGAGAGAGAGAGAGAGAGAGAGAGAGAGGGGUUGGUGAUGGUGUUUCUCUCACUCAGCUGUGCUUCAGCCUCGUUUGUUGUUUUGGCUAAACAGGUGUCACCAGGUAAGGGAUCAUGUACUUUAGUAGGCUGUUCUCUUUAUUGGUUUAGACUUUCAUUCUUGAGUAUUGGCCUCUAUAGAUGAUUACCAGCAACAUCCAAGAUGGUGGAUUACCAUGCUCAUCAUUUGUGUUACAUGGCAUUCUUAAUUUUGUUCUUCUUUCGUUUUUUUCUUUUGGCUUUGUUCCCCCCCAUGGAAGAUGAGAUAGAGAAUAUGAGAUAAAGUGUUUCAGCUUGUAUUAUUGAAAAUUGUUGUCAAAGUAAGAAGCAGCCCAGUCAAAAAAUUGAGAUUGAUGGUUUGGGUGAUAUGCUUAGAGGUUGUUUUCAGUGUGAAUUUAUUUUGUCUAAAUGAAUUUUUUUGUUGUAUCUGUAA